AUGAAGGUGAAGUUUGGUUGUGCCCGCACCCAAAAAUACAGCAAGAAGAGAAAGCAGCAGCCCAGCUUGUGUCCAGCUUAUUUUGUGUUGCAAUACAACGAGGACAUAGACCGGCUUGUGAUCAGCGAACUGAAUGACAACCAUGUCCAUGCGGACCCAGUGUUUUCCCUGAGCAGAGCUACCACUGCGACAGCAAGCACCACGGCACGUGGCAGCCCCACAGCAAAACUGUGUAAGCAGCAGCAGGCGAGUGAGACAGAAAGCGGUGCUGCAGUGGAUGAGGACUUGCACGUGGUCACGGGACAACCAGUGGACAGGGUGCCUGUUCCAUACAGGGCUCCUGCACUCCCUGAGGCAGCAAAGGAGAACGCUUCGGCCUCUGCGCUCGUCAGGGUUGCUGAGGUCAUGAAAACCUUCCUGAGGGUGGAUGGGGGCUCACUGGCCUCAAUUAGUGCAAACACCGACCAUGGUCUGGACAGACUCAGCUUCCAGACCAGCAAGAUGAAGAGCUCAUUUAUGCAGUUCCCCGAAAGCCUCCUGCUGCACAGGGUGCCAAGUGAGGGGGAACACGUUCUCUACGCUUUCCUUGUUGAGAGUGAGGAGCGAGUGGGAAAAGUGGUGCACUUGUCACUGCUGAAGGAUGACACAGGACACAGCGUCAAGAAAAUGCUGACAGUCUUCAAGGAGUUCAACCCUGAGUGGCAAAAAGUCCAGGCUGUUUUUGUGGAUGUGUCCUUCUUUCACAAAGCCAUCCUCCAUGAGCUCUCUCCCUCUGCUCAGGUGCUCCUUUCUGUCUAUCACACUGUCCGACUGCUCGAGAAGAGUGUGAAGGAAGCAGAAAUCUCCUCUUCCUUCAAGGAGAACUUGACGCUGGCCUUGCACAAGGCCGUGUUUUCCCCUUCAGCUGCAAGUCUGGAUGCCCUGUCCCAGCUGGUGAAGUACGUGGUCAGCCCGGAGCUCUAUGACUACCUGCAAGCCAACUGGUUCUCCUGCGAGCUGCUGUGGUGCAUGCACAGAGAAAAAGGUCUGUACUCCUGUGACACGCACAUGGACAGCCUGGACCUCAUCACACACCGAAUAUCGGGUCUCUUUGGCCAGCAGCCGUCCUUGGAGGCAAGUGUUCUUUGUUUUCUGGAGUGUGCAGACUCCCUUGAUUGCAGAGGCUUGGAAAGCCUGAACUGGGAUUUGUCAA